UAUACGCACUUAAUGCACCCUUGAUUUAUACAUGCUGCUACUUUUUACGUGCAUAGCACACAAAUCACUUUCAAAAUGUGUUUGUCUCUCUGGAUUUUGGUUUAAGUGUUCGUGAUAAUACUAAAAACCUUAAUUGCUGUUUACACGAAACGAAAUCCUGUUUUAUAAGCCUGUAAAAAUAGCAUCAGUCUGUAUUUCAACACGGACAGAGAAUUUAAUAAAGCGUGAAAAGUACUACGUAAAAGUUUUAAAAAAUUGGAUGCACAUCAUUUGUUGUGUAUAUACCCUGACAAGCAAGAUGUUUGACUUGAUUUUAAUAUUUCUCGGGGUUUUUGUUCUCUUUUACAUUUUUCUUCGGGAAAAAUUAAGAAAGGGUGAAGUCAUUCCUGGACCAAAGGGAUUACCAUUCAUAGGAUGUGCAUUCGAGUUCGAUUAUUUAACAACCCACGUAAAAUUCAUGGAAUACGCAAAGAAAUAUGGACCAAUAUUUCGAUUAAAAAUGUUUACAGUAAACCUCGUCGUUUUGAACGAUGCGCAGCUUGUUCGCAAAGCUUUCGCAGGUGAAAAAUACAAACAGGUUCUGAAUGACCGGGCCGAUACGUUUUUCGGUGAUUAUUUUCGUGCCGGUAAGCAGUCGUUAGCAUUUAUGAUAGAUGGCUCAGGGGCUUUCCAUAAAACUUCAAGAAAAAUCUUUUACAAAGCACUGCACAUGUAUGGAAGUGGUAUCCAGCAGCUAGAAAAUAACGUCUUGAUUGAAAUGACAAAUUUGAUCAAGAGAAUUGAAGACAAACCUGUAUUUGACUGCUCAUACAUGGUGAAACGUUCACUGGCUAACAUUGUAUCACUGGUACUGAAAGGGGAGCUGGUAUCGGACUCCGAUCCAGAUUUAAGUGUGUUUUGGGGACAUGGAACUGGAGGGGAAUUCUUUCUUAAUCCUUAUAACAACACUCUGUUGACAACCUUCCCUAUAUUGCGCUUUAUGCCUGGACAACUGAGGGAUAACUUCCGAAAGCAAUGCCAUGUGUAUGACAGAAUAGCGCAAAGAUAUUUUCAUGAUGUUAAGAAAACGUAUGUCCCAGGACGUCUCAGGGGCGUCGUAGAUGUUUAUCUAGAUGAACAAAGGAAACAAAUGGAGGCCGGAAGUGACGUUUUCUUAACCGAUGACCUGAUUAUUGCUCAGAUUGUCGAAACCGUUGACACAGGUAUCAUGACAACAUGGACAACACUGACCAAUUCCAUGUUGGUCUUAUGUAACUAUCCAACAUAUCAAACAAAAAUCCAAGCGGAACUGGACGAGGUUAUUGGGAAGGACAGGGCUCCAACAUAUAAAGAUAGGGGCAAAUGCACGUUCUUUUUGGCUUUUGAAAUGGAGGUGCAUCGUUUUUUACCAGUCCUUCCACUCAAUUUACCCCAUGUAUCACGCUCACAUGUCGAGUUUGAGGGAUAUGACAUCAAACCAAACAGCACGAUUAUUGCAAAUAUCUGGUAUAUCAACCAUAAUGAAGACACAUGGGGAGAUCCGUGGACUUUCAGACCAGAGAGAUUCUUGGACGAACAAGGAAAUCUGCUACCCAGGGAACACCCACUUUGCCAGACUCAGUUAACAUUUGGCGUUGGCAGCCGUCUAUGUCCCGGUGACAUGUUCGCGAAAACCCGUUACUUCAUGUUUUUGGCUACAUUGCUGCAGCGUUGGAAUUUUGAGUUCCUGCCAGGUGAAGAGAAACAUUGUGAUUCUAGGCAAACAGAUACCAUCCAAACGAAAGUAAAUAUGCGGGCAAAACCAUUCACUUGCCGGGCAAAAGAAAGACUUCAUUAAUUGUUUACUGUAAAGUUUAAAUUUCUGUUGUACAACAUGUAUUGGCUGUUAUAGAAGCAGACAAUAGAUGAACAUUAAACUUGUGCACACUUCACAAACAGUGAUCAAAUAUUAUUAAUCAGGAUGAUAUUUAUGUCUCCCUCAUAGGUUGGGGACACAUAUUGUUUUUGCCUUCGCCGUCCGUCCGUCCGCAUUAAGAUUUUCCGGCUUUCACAGGUCAAACGGAUGGCCGGAAUCCGACGAAACUUCACAGGAGUAAUCAGUACUAAGCCUAGUUAUGCAUAUUUCCGACACGUUACGCUUCGCUGCACAAAAUGGCAACAGGAGCUAAAAAAAGAACAAUCUUGUCCGGCUUUCACAGGUCAAACUGCUGGACAGAUUUCGAUUAAACUUCACAGGAGUGAUCAAUACCAAGCCUAGUUGCGCAUAUCUCCGACACUUUCCGCUUCGCUGCACAAAAUGGCCGACAUAAAUGAAGGUAUACAUUGAGGGGAAACAUAUGUUUUUGUGACAAAAACACCUUCUAGCUUUUCAUAUUUUUAGAGUGUUAUAUAGAAUAAAACUAAAUUACUUGUACAUUGUACCACAUCAUAUUUUACUGUGUGACUGACGCAGUAGCUGUUUCUAGGAUAUUUUACAUACCAAGGGAAUGCUUAUUUGUGAAAAUGCGUUUUCUUACAUGAAACUAUAUUCGGUUGAUGCAUCUCCUAUGAAUCUUUUCACCGAAAAAGGCGAAGCAUUCCAAAUGUCACAACACUAUUUGUCAAAUUAAAAAACACAUGCAUUUAACUGGAAGUUACCCUUGAAUAAAUAUGAAGUCACACACUUUAAAGAGCUGAAUGUGUUUAUAUCCAGAUUAUAACUAAUAAGCACAUUCUAUUCCUUAAAUGCAGCAAGAACUCACUUGAUAACUUAAUGUUACUUUUGAAUUUUAAUGACAGACAUGUGAAAUAAUACUUUCUGUCUCGAAUAAAAAUGACAAAAACAACAACAUAGAAUAGAUAAAGUCGUCAAAGAAAACAGAAUUGCAAAGUAGCGGGAAAGUUAUUAAUUAUGUAUAACGUUAUAAUUGUAAUGCAAACAUACUACGUGAUGAAAUAUACGUUACUUCUUAAUUUAGUUUAUUAUUGUUGUGUUUGCCCCCGUUGAACAGUCCGUUCGUCUGUUUGUCCGUUAAUCCGUCCGUCUGUACGAACCAGAUUGCGUACAAACACCAUUAUUAACCCGAUUUAGUUCGUACUCACACUCA